AUGGGAGGCAUUACUUUGUUACUAGACGACUUUCCACACAAUUCAAUUCGAUUUUGCAAGUCCAAAGCGCAAUCUUGCUCCGAGACUUCCAGUUUUCAAGAUGUGGAAAAAUGCACUCCAAAUACCCUGAUAGAUGAGUUGGAUUCGUGUCAGAAACAUGCUUUAUCGAAGACUGCGGGUAGCGCACCCAAAACAGCUAUGGUAGAAGUCUUUGCCCCUUUGAAUACCUUUUUGGAAGGUGUUGCCCAGCUGCAGCUUAUCCGCAUUUACUUGAUAAUGAGUUUCUAA